CUCCAUACUUUCCCUAGUGGUGAUUACUGGAAGUAAUGGUAGCAAAAACCUUCACCUUUGUUUUAAAUAAAUGAAAUUUUCGAACUGUCCAAAAUCUUUUAAAUUGCUCUACCGGUAGUGAAUCUGAAUCUUCGCAACUGAUUCAAUCAUGACAGAACGAGAGCCAGUUAUAUGUGUUAAUGUGUACUCAACUAGUGCAACUGCUGACAAUCUCAGCCGACACGAAAUGCUUAAUUGGGUAAAUGAAUGUCUUCAGAGUCAAUAUACAAAAAUUGAGGAAUUAUGUUCAGGUGCUGCUUAUUGUCAAUUUAUGGAUAUGCUUUUUCCUGGUAGCAUAUCUUUAAAGAAAGUCAAAUUUAAAACCAACCUUGAGCAUGAAUAUAUCCAAAAUUUCAAACUUUUACAAGCAGCAUUUAAAAAAGUUGGUGCUGAUAAGCAUAUACCAGUGGAUAAAUUAAUCAAAGGAAGAUUUCAAGAUAAUUUUGAAUUUUUGCAAUGGUUUAAGAAGUUUUUUGAUGCCAACUAUGGUGGUCAGGAUUAUAAUCCCUUGGAUGCUAGAAAUGGAAUAAUGAUUGGCACGGAAGGGAAAGGAGGAGGAGUUAGUAAUAAAUCAGGUUCCACAAGUCGUCUUGCACCUAAUACUAAUGUGAAAUCAAUUGCUCGUGCAGCACCAUCUCCUCGAACAACUACAACUGGUUCUAGAAUAGCUGCUCAGAGGACAAAUCGAAUUGCUGCAGGUGAUCAUCAAAGAAUAGAUGAACUUACAAAUCAGUUAGCAGAAAUGAAAGUCACUGUUGAUGGGCUUGAACGAGAAAGAGACUUUUAUUAUGGCAAAUUAAGAGAUAUUGAAGUGCUUUGUCAAGAACAAGAAAUGAGUGAAGAUAAGCAAGCAUUUGUUGAACAGAUCUUGGAAAUUCUGUAUGCUACAGAGGAUGGUUUUGCUGUUCCUGAUGAUGUUCCAGAAGAUGGUCUGCCAUCUCAGAAUGAUGAGGAUGAAUAUUAAUUCUGAAAUUGCAUGGGGGAUAGUGCUUGAAAAAUAAACUUGGAUAUCUCUGAAGACAUUCUUUCAUUUAACACGCUGUUUUAAAUUUUAUGAAGAUUGUUGUAGUGUUAUUUGCACACACUAAAAAUUACUUUACCACCCUCAGUAAUCAACCAUAGUGAUCUCUCCUUUAUCUAUUUGCUCUCCUUUUAAAAAAAAAAAUAUUGUUAUGUUUCAUGGCUUGUUCCAAGAAGCCUGGUGGACUUAAUAAAAAUUGCAUUUAUGGAGAGUUUCCUUAUAGUGGUUCUUGGAAUUUGCAUUCUUGUGAAUGCUCAACUAACAAUUUUAGAGGUGGCUUUAUCCCUUCUAGCUGUCGCCUGUCUGUGGAAAAAGAUGGAAUUAUGUUCAUGUUAUGCAAAUGUAUUUUAACUAAUUGUUAAUAUUUUGAAGGUUAAAAAAUAGAAGUGCUUUAAAGUGCUUUUUGAGUGAUAUUUAUUAAAACUGGUUAUACAUGUAUUUUCCCCCUAUGAAGUUGAUAUUUUCACUACUGAAUUUCUUCUAUUAUAUCUUUGAUUUUUUUUUAUUAAAUUUUCUAUGUGAAUUAUUACUUAAUUCUUUUACCUUAUUAUAUUGACAUGUGUUUUGAUAUGUGAAGUGUUUUACAAAGUUGUGUUCUAGAAUACAUUUUAUGAAAAUAGCAUCUAUAGAAAUUUGAAUUUAUUUGGUCAGAGUUUAUAUAUGCAUGUUUUUUAAAUAGGAGCAGUAUAGCUGAAGUAUUUGGUGUAAUCCAUUACUAAGAAAAUUAUUUUAUGUUUAAGUACCUAAUAGUUAUUUUUUUAACCUUCUGAAAGAGUUAAUGAUACUUAAUAUUUGAAAAAUAUAUAAUGAAUCUAAAUGUGUGGCAUAUGAAUGAUGUUUAUAUGUAUAAUAUACAUUUGUAAAAAAAAAAGAAAAAAGGAAGCUACCAUACUGGAAAUACGUGGCAUGAAGUAUUAAUUUCUCUCUGUUUUGCUUAUACUCUAAUUGAAAGAAUAAAAUGAAAUUUUGAACAAGCCAAGGAAAAGGGGAUCUGUUUAUAAGUUAUGUGAAAGGCUUAAAAAUUCUCUGAGCAGUGCUUAAGUAUAUAUAAAUUCCUAAUAUAUGUUAGAUUAAAUACAUUCAAGCUUGAUAAAUUUUAAUAGCACAUUAAGAAAUGUUUUCAAUUGGUGCAUUUUGCAUUGAUUCAAAUGUGAAAUAUUGUCAAGUAUAGUUAACUUUACAGUGAUUUAUCUUAUGAAGGUGCCAAGCUAUGUAAUUGCUGAAAUUAGCAUUUGCUAUGAAUUUCUGCAAGACUAAGCAAUUAGAAGUUUCAAAGUAUUUUCCAGUUACCUUUGUCUUGAACUUUUUUUAAUAUAAAAUUUAAUUCUUUUGAUCGUGCCAGUUAGAACUAAAAAAUAUUCAUAAAAUUAUGCUUUUAGGUCAAAAUAUGAGCUUAUUAAAAUUUCUUUGUUUUCAACAUUUUAGAAUGUUUAGAUUCUUUUCAUCAAAUUCUUGAUUAUAUACCAUAUUACGUAAAAAUGAGUCUUACUUGAUUUUAUUUCACAAAUGUUUUAGGAAAAAAUUGCAGAAUUUUCAUAUUUUUUAUUAUGUUGUACUGCUCAGGCUGUUAGAAUCUAUUCAAAAUUACCUCUACUCCUUUCUACAUCAUGUAAAUUUCUUUUGGCUUGAACAUUCCAUGUUUGCUUACCCGAUUUUAAUUUGACUAAUUCCUUAAAAUAUGAACAUAUAAAAUGUUUGUUAUGUAUUGCAAUGGUUCCUAAUAUAAUUAACCUUAAUUUUAAUUACUUUAGUUAUGUUUUUUCUUCUCUUAUUUCAUAUCUGAAAAUCAUUUUUCAAGUUCAUAGGUACUACAAAAUGUUUCCAUUCCCUUGUAGUAUUUGUUGAUCUGAAAAUUAUCCAGUGCACAUUAUUAAUUUGUAUUUGAUUUGCUACCAACCUGUAUGGUUCAGAGUUAUUUUUAAAUAAAACAGCUGUGCAGCGCUUACAAA